AUGCGCAAUCCAGCUGCUCUAGAUGGCUGUGAUGGCAUCCGUAUCAAGGAUCGCCGCAUCAAGGUCGAUGUAGAGAGAGGCCGCACGGUCAAGGGAUGGAAGCCUCGUCGUCUCGGUGGCGGUCUUGGUGGCCGUGGUUACACCAAGGCGAUGCCCGCAAGGCCUAUGGGUCCUGGUGGAUUUGGCGGCCCCGGUGGCUUCCGCGGCGGUGGUUUCGGUGGUGGAUUCAGAGGACGCGACCGCGGCUUCAGGGGUGGUGGCGGCCCCGGCGGCCCUGGCGGCGGCUUUGGAGGUGGUGAUCGCUUCGGUGGACGCAGCGGUGGCAGCGGUUUCGGCGGCGGACGUGACGGCGGUCGUGGCUUCGGCGCCCCAGCUGGUGGCAGCAGCUUCUCCCCUCCGUCGGGUGCUCCCAGUGGCCCCGGUGGUGGCUUUGGUGGCCGUGACCGUGACAGUCACCGUGGAGGUGACAGGGACCGUGAUCGCGACAGCCGCAGGGACGGUCCUAGCGGAAGCAGCGGUGGGUACGGUGGUGGGCGUGAUGGCGGUCGCUCAUAUGAUGACAGAUCUGGUGGCGGAGGUUUCCGCGGCGGCGAACGCAACGCUCGGCAGACUGGCAGCAACAUGGAGCCCAUCCGGCCCAGAGAACCCGGAGCCCCAAGGGAAUCCAGAGACGGUGGGUAUCACGGUGGCGGCGGCCGCGACUACGACAGGCCCAGAGAACACGACGACUCGUCCAGGAAACGCGGGUACGACGGCGGAUACGAAGACCCCAGGAAGUUGCGUCGCUAUUAG